AUGGGCAGCUGCUUGACAUGCUUUCGUACACCGCCCAACGCUAAUGUUUCCACCGUAACUGGUGUUCCGACCAAUGUCGGUGGUACGACCCACGAUCCCGCCCUGACGUACACCGAGAUGGACGUAAUUGGUCAUGAAACAGACGAUCUCCUGCCCGUGAGUGUGACCGGACAUCGAAUGGGUCACGGAGACAAACGUUCCGGAGGAAGCUUUAAAAAAUCGACUGUUGGUGGAAUGUUGAACGGGAAUAUUUCGUCCGCACUAACCGGCAGCGGGACGAUCGGUGGUGUUGGCGGAAUGAUCGGUUCGACCGGCGGUUUAAUACCAGAAAACAUGAACAAUAAUGGAACAGGUAGUAAGGAAUCCUGCGGCGGUAUGGGUGGUCCUCAAAUAUUGCUGUCCGAUAACGAUCUGAACAGACUGUUCGAAAGCUAUAAGGAUACGCAGGAAGAUGCAAUACUGUCGGAGGGUAUCGAACGGCUGUGUGGUGAUCUCGGCUACAAGCCGGACGAUUUUGCGAUACUUGUACUCGCGUGGCGCUUGGAUGCUGGUCAGAUGUGUCAGUUUACGAAAGCCGAAUUUAUCCAGGGCCUACAGCGGAUGAGUGCAGCCAGCAUCGAAGACAUACGGGCCCGGUUACAGCAGAUCGUGGAACGGCUACGCAACGACAGUACGGAGGACUUUAAAUCGCUGUACCGUUUUACGUUUCGGUUCGGCCUAGAGCCGGGUCAUCGGAUACUUUCCCUGGACAUGGCGAUCAGCUUGUGGCGGCUCGUGUUUACCGUCCAUACGCCCGAAAUCCUGCAGCGCUGGUUGGAUUUUCUCGAGCAGCACCAACACAUCCGAGGCGUCCCGAAGGAUACCUGGAACAUGUUUUUGAACUUUGUGGAAACCUGUGAUAUCGAACAUUACGAUGACACGGAGGCGUGGCCAAGCCUCUUUGACGAUUUUGUCGAUUACGAGCGGGAACGCACGGGCCGGAUUGCGAAGGUUAAGGACGACAGUGGUGGAGAACCGCCACCGGAUCAUUCCGACUGCAACGGCUCAUAG